AUGGUAAGCAUCAUACCAUUGCAAGUACUAGCGAACGCGUAUCACAAAGGGUAUAACAUAGAAACGUUGGAAAGGGAAGAUGAUAGCCAGAUGGAGACAGUUUACGACGCAUCCAACCACCCUAUGACAUUUCUAGGUAUAGUCCGAAUCCACGUAAAAUUACAUGGCGGUCCUUCAAGUGACAUCGCCUUCCACAUAUCGGAUGAAAAGAGCGAGGAAAUCCUAUUAGGCACAAAUGCGCUGAAAAAGCUUGGCAUAAAGAUAAUCAUAAAUCCACCCUCAAAAGAAGAACAAGAAGUUACAACGAAGGAUGUUCCCCCAAGCGCAAUUUUGGCUGCGGACCGGGUAGCAGUCCCCGCACUCUGCGUGCGCCUAGUUACUGCGCUAUGUGAUGUUCCAGGGGACACCACAGAAGGCGUGAUCUGGGCAACGAAACAAGGCAUAAAUAGUGGAAUAUACAAAGUAAGAAACAAGAAAAUCACUAUACCUAUACAAAACCGAGAACAUGAACCCUUCGUCAUCAAGAAAGGAGAGAAACUCGGCGAAUGGGGAACCGAAAAAUGGCUUACCAAGUGGGAAGACUGCACCAUGUUGGACCAGGAAAGCUUCAAAAUAAGCAUCGACGAGAAGCAAAAACUACUCCAAGAGCAAAUACAGCAAAAUCGAAAAGAGAACAGCAUUGAGGAAGAUCUUACAAGCCUUCUGAUCAGCUAUGCCGACGUAUUUGCUGUAUGUGAAAAGGAACUAAGCCAGACCGACCUAGUGAGGAUGAGUAUAGAUACAGGGGAUAGCCAACCAGUCAAACUCAAGACACGACCAGUUCCUUUGGGCUUACGGAAAAGGCUGAAGGAAAUGUUACAAGAUUUAGAGGACAGAAAAAUCAUAGAAAAGAGCAAUUCAGACUGGGCAUUCCCUAUUGUACUAGUUGAGAAAAAAGAUGGUAGCAUCAGGUUAUGUGUCGAUUAUCCGUGUGCACAGCACUUCGAAGAAGGCGGACGAGUUAUCUCGGCAUGGACUCCGUGUUCGCACGAAAAUGUUCAGUCAUGGAAGAAAAUGUACGAAGUCUGGAGCGCACUGGACGAAACGUUGAAAAAGGGGGCUGGCAAAGGACAAUUUUGCGCAACAGCCACUACAAAGAUAAUCAAUGGAAAAGUUUAUGCAGAGUUUGGAUCACCGGAAACAUGUUGGCAGUUUUUCGGGAAAUACGCAGGAGUGGCAAAUGCGAGGUACCUAUAUGAAAAUAUAAGAAUGAUAGCAUGCUCAGUUAUGAUGCCACCUAUGCAUGGGCCGCCGAGGACGUCGGCAACCCGACGGGGAGGGAUGUUCAGAAAAGACGGCCUAACUGAAGGUCCCCCUAGUAAGAGAGCAAGCCAUUAA